CUAAAUACGCUUGUUCUCAAGUAGUUCGGCUGGCGGAAGAGCACGGGCAGAGCGUCUGCUGCUGCCGCCAGAGAUGGCAGGGAAGCAGCAGGCAGGAGGGAGAGGAGAGGCCGGGGAUCCGCCUGCGGCCCCUGUGCGGGUCCUGCAGAGCCUGAGAGUAAAGAUAUGUGAGGCAAAAAAUCUGCUACCAUACCCAGGACCCACAAGAAUGAGAGACUGCUUUUCUACUGUGAAUCUGGACCAGGGGAAAUCUUUAGGACCAAUGUUGUUGAAAAAGUCACUUAACCCAUUUUAUGGUGAAGAUUUCUACUUUGAAAUUCCAAGAGCAUUCCAAAAUUUAUCCUUUUAUAUCUAUGAUAAAAAUGUUUUACAGAGAGAUUUAAGAAUAGGAAAGGUUGCCAUUAAAAAAGAUGACUUGUUCGGAUACAGCGGUAAAGAGCCAUGGUUUCCACUUCAGCCAAUUGAUUCCAACUCGGAAGUCCAGGGAAAAGUCCACCUGGAGCUGAAACUAAAUGAACUGAUUACAGACAAUGGAUCUGUGCAGCAGCUUAUGGUACACAUAUUGGCGUGUGAGGGAUUACCACUUGUGAAUGGGCAAAGCUGUGACGCGUAUGCUUCUGUGUCUCUUGUUGGCCCAUCUAGGAUCGAUCAAAAGAAAACCAAAGUGAAGAAGAAAACCAGCAAUCCCCAGUUCAAUGAGAAGUUCUACUUUGAGGUGACAAGAUCAAGUAGCUACACUAAGAAGUCACAAUUUCAAGUAGAGGAAGAAGAUAUAGAAAAACUAGAAGUGAGAGUGGAUCUGUGGAACAAUGGGAAUCUUGCUCAAGAUGUUUUUCUUGGAGAGGUCAGAACGUCCGUGAGUGUUUUAAGGAAUGAUUCAACCCACAGGGCAUGGUAUCUUCUCCAGCCAAAAGACAAUGGAAGUAAAUCCUCAAAGUAUGAUGAUCUUGGCUCCCUGAGGCUGAGUAUCUCCUAUACAGAAGACUAUGUGCUGUCUUCAGAGUUCUAUUCACCUCUAAGAAAUCUGCUGGUGAAAUCAUCAGAUGUUCAGCCAAUCACUGCCUCAGCUGCCUUUAUCCUGGGAAAAGUAUGUAGAGAUAAAAAUGAUGCUGUCCUUCCACUGGUCCGGCUCCUUCUCCACCACCAGAAACUAGUACCAUUUGUGGCAGCCAUAGCACAGCUGGACUUGAACGACACAGAAGAAGCCAAUACUAUUUUUCGAGGAAACUCCCUGGCUACUCGCUGCAUGGAUGAGACAAUGAAGAUAAUUGGUAAUCAUUAUCUGAAGGUGACUCUGAAGAGUGUUCUAGAUGAGAUAUGCGAUUCCCCGAAGCCCUGUGAGAUAGACCCUAAUCGCCUAAGAGAAGGAGACAAUGUCGAUAACCACAAGGACAAUCUGAGAAGCUAUGUGGACAAAGUUUUCUCCUGUAUAGUCCAAUCCAGCAUGAGUUGCCCCACUGUAAUGUGCGACCUUUUCUCUGCACUGCGCCACAUGGCUGUCCGCCACUUUCCUAAUGACCCUCAUGUACGGUAUUCAGCAGUCAGCAGUUUUGUCUUUCUGCGAUUCUUUGCUGUGGCCGUGGUGUCCCCUCAUAUAUUCCAUUUGAGAUCCCACCACCCAGAUGCAGCAACAUCACGUAUUUUGACUCUCAUUUCCAAAACCAUCCAGACUCUUGGGAGUGUAGGCAAUUUGGCAAAAAGCAAAACUUCUAGCUUCAAAGAGCCGUUUAUGUGUGAUUUCUACAAGAUGUUUGAGGAAGAAACUUACACAGCUGAUGCUAAAAAGUUUUUAGAGGAAAUAUCAUCAACUGAAAGUAAAGAGCCGAGCGGCGUGAGUGAGUCUGUCAUUCUAAAAGAUGGAGAGAUGUAUAAACGUGCCCAAGGUCGAACACGUAUUGGAAAGAAGAAUUUUAAGAAACGCUGGUUUUCACUUACAAGUCGAGAAUUUUCAUACCACAAGCAGAAAGAUAAAGAACCAAUGUUUCGUAUACCUAUUAAAAAUAUAUUGGCUGUGGAGAAGCUGGAUGAAAAUGCCUUUAAUAAGAACAAUAUGUUUCAGGUGAUCUAUGGAGAGAAGCCCCUUUAUAUCCAGGCCAACAACUGUGUAGAGCUUAAUGAAUGGAUAGAGGUGCUCAGUAGAAUAAGCCGACGCAAUCAGCGGAGACUCAGCAAGUAUCACUCCUCUGCUUUCAUUAGUGGAGCCUGGCUCUGCUGUAAGGCAUCAUCUGAAAGUGCUGAAGGCUGCCACAUGUGCACUGUAAAUGUUCCAGCUGAUGUAGCAUUGGAUAUAGAUGGAGACCGUGAAUGUGAGAGGAUAUAUUCCCUAUUCAACAGGAGCAUGCCUAAACUACAGAAGAUGGAGGAGGCUUGCGGUAGCAUUGCUGUAUACCAGGGUCCACAAGAGCACAGUGAAUACCACUUUACCAUAGAUGAUUCCGUGGAGACAUUCAAGACCAUCCAGCAGAUUAAAGCAAUGGUAGAGAAGCUCAAUGAACCACACGAAAAAUACAAAAAAUAUUGUACCAGUGCAAAAUAUGGCAGCCAAGAGAAUCCAAUUGUGGGGAAAGGAUCAUAGCAGACACACAUGGACCCAGGAAAUGGAACUGGAACAAAGUAAUGCCAGAUGAAAAUACACAGCCACAAUCAAUGCUGGCGUUUGUAAAAACUUGGCAAGAACUUUUACACCUGUAUUGCAGGAAUAUUUCUGAAGACCUGGGAGAAAAAUGGCUAAAAACCUGAGAAAAUGGAGUCAGUAUCUACUAGGAGAAGCAGACAGUGAUUUUUUUUUUCUGGCCUGCGACAAUAUUCACACUGCAGGCAGUGCUUUGUAAACGUACAGAUGCUGCCUUUCAUUUCUCGGUCACAUUCCCCAGGAAGUCACACUUCACGUUUUGAGUUGUCUGUUCUCGAUUUAGCUGUUGAGACUGCCAUCUCUUAUAGAAGAGGAAACUCACAUGAAUGUUGGAAAUCCUGCUUGGUGUGCUCAGCGUUGUACAAUCACACAUAAUCCAGAUGGGACCUCGUGUCUUAGUCUGUGAACGGUCCGGGGCUGAGUGAGAAGUGCGAUUGCCAGUUUACAAGGAAUUGUGGUUCAGUGAUGGUGAAGAGGAACCCUGGCAGAAAGCCACAUUGGACUGUACCACAUAUCCCUGCACUAGACAAUUCAGGGUAUUCAGACCUGUUUUUCUUUAAACGGUACAAGAUGAUUUUAGUGUUAUUUAUUUUUUUGCUAAUUUGCGUUUUUCAUAUUCACAUGUCUCAAGUGAAUAUUUCCCCAGUAAUGUUUUUAUGGUAGACCUGAUAAAGGCACAUGCUCGAUGGCACACUUUCCUAAUAUAUUCAGAGCUGGAGCAAGACCUAAAUUGGUACUUCUGUUUGAUCUUCGAAGACCUCUAAUUUACCUUUAAUAUUGAGAUAUACAUGCACCAUAGAAGUUUGUAGAUGGCUUCCAGAUCCACACUGGAAAAAAUGUGGACUUUCUGCAUCAGUCCUUUGAUGUUGCAGUCUUCUGUAAACUAGUUUAGUUGGUUUCCUUAACCCGAUUUUGGGGUUAAAUUGAAACUUGGCUGGUACUUCAGAAGAGUUUAUGUAGUAAACUGGAGGAGAUGCAUUAGCAGACCCUUGUUCUGCUACUGUUGGCAUUCUCCUAACAAAGUCUGAACAUUUGGCUAUGAUGGUGCUCCUAGCAGAGAGCUGCAUCAGAACUAAGCCUGUAUAUGACAACGGUCAUUUGUGUGAGUGCAGGUUCUCAUGCAGCUUAAAUAGGUUAUAAGUAAAAGCAAAGAAGCAGUACAAGUAUAAAGGGAGCACUUUGAGUAAAAUAAAAUGUCUAGCUUUGAGUAUUACUCUGGGCUCCAGAUGGCAGGUAUCCGAGGUUAGUAUGUAGCGUAAAAAAUGAAGAUCUUUCCAGGUCACAAGCUAAUAUUUUUUUAUCUUACUGAAAAUUAUACAUGUUGUGCCAUAUUUCACCUGCAUGCACUGCACGUGAAAUAAAAAUGCUUGGUUCUUUCCAUUUUUCUACACAGCUGGGGACAGAAUAACUGGGCAAAUAUUGUUUACCUAUAAUGGAGUUCUUUGUAGCUGUAAUGCCCAAUCAUGAUUUCUAUUUAAAUAUGUGCAUUGGCCAAGCCUUGAACACUUACUAUUAGUGUUACUAGUAACAAAACUCUGUGGUAAGGAUAUAACAUGAUUAAGCCAGAAAUGUCCAUCUUGUGAGUUUCAACUGCAAAUACUAUCUCACGGUUGUUCUUUGAAGCCCUGGAGAUGGCCAAUUUUUCAUAUACAUUUUAAUGGCAAAGUGUAUAUUUUGGGGUCUAAAAACAAUGGAAAGCAUCACUUGGGGGCUGAAUAGUCCUACUAAAUUGUACUGAAGGCAUACAUAAUGAAAUAGAAAAAAGUGUGUGGGAAGCCAGUAUCUGCUAUACUUUUUGUCAAUGUCCUGUGUAGAGUUUAAAACAUUUGAGAGCCUGAGCUAGGGCUGAUUCGAUUGAAGAAGUGCAUAUUGAUGGUCAAAGUGGAGUCCAUAUGAAUUACUGAGGACACCAUAUUUGGGACCAAAAUGUAAGACAGGACCUAGAGGCCAAGGAAGAGAUCUAAAGAAAUCAGUUUUUUUUAUUGCACUAAACUUUGCAGGUUAUUUCAGCGCAUAUUUUCUUUUCCUUUUUAAAAAGUUCUAAUUUCAUUAGAAUAAAUACAAGUGAAUGUACCCUGGGUUGGUUGUUGCAGUGCUUGGGACAUCAGGCAUAAAAUAUAUCUCUUCGACUAGAGGGAAUUGCAGAAGCUCUUGUACAAAGGAUCAAUGCUUUUAAUUGUGGCCCUGCUGUAAACAAAUUGGGCUCCCAACAAUAAAUUUGUAUGAUUUUGCAGAUAAGCAAAUUAAAAAGAUUGAUAUGGGUGAAAA